AUGCAUCACAAGAUUCGGCAUUUUUCGAAUUCAGCCCAAGACUUCAGAGACUGCUUAGUUCAGUCUUUAGUUGAAACUAUACCAGAAGUUUCCGCCGAAGAAGUUCUGGAUCUAGCCGUUGACCUGAAAGCUAAUGUAAAUAUCGGAGAAUUUAUGGAUACUUUCAAAUACAAACGUAAACUUCAUGUCGUUGCAAACGCCUUCAGAAAUGACGUUUGGCCUCAAAUAAAGACAUUACUUACAAGCCAAAAGCAAAAGCCAGCGUUUUACGAAAGAUUACUACUCUCGCUGCAUGGAAAAAAGAAAAAGUCAACGUUUUACGAAAGAUUACUAUUCUUUCUGCAUGGAAAAAAGAAAACAGAUGAGGAAAAGUCAACGUUUUACAAACGAUUACUACUGCUAUUUCUGCAUGCAAAAGAGAAUACAGAUGAGAAAAAGCCAACGUUUUACGAAAGAUUACUACUGUUUCUGCAUGGAAAAGAGAAUACAGAGAAGCAAAAGCCAACGUUUUACGAAAGAUUACUACUCUUUCUGCAUGCAAACGAGAAUACAGAGGAGCAAACACACGAGGAUCUCUUGAAAGAGAUUGCAAAAUGUUACUAUGACAAAAGUGAUCAUCAAGUUGAAAUCAUUUUAUCGAGUACAAACACACAGCAAAAUAUGAACAAUACCAUACUUUGCCUUUUUCUUUGGGCAAUUGUUCAUCAGAGGUUUAAUGUAGCACAGGAACUGUGGAUGCAGACGAAAAAUAUGAUGGCUGCCGCUCUUCUUGCAUACAAAAUUUUAAAGGACAUGAAAAUAGAUAAGACCUAUGCAGAAGAUGAGAGGGUACACAUAGAAAAUACUAUCGUAUUUUACAGGGACCACGCGAAUGAAAUAUUGACAGAAUGUCUAAAGGUAAAAAAGGAUUAUACGAAGAAGAACCUUGUACGACAACGAGAUGAAUUUGGUGGGAAGUCAUUAUUGCAAAUUGCGGAGUACAACAAAUCAUUUAUGGCACAUGAUGCAUGCCAUUCUAAAAUGAACGACAUAUGGUUUUCUCCUCUCGAAAUCGAAUCAAAACGUCCACCAAUAUGGUUAAUACUAAUGUGUGUGUUUUUGCCAUUUCUUGCGCCGCUAUUACCAUUCCGAAAAGAGUUUGCUGUUGAAAAAAACAAAUUCAAAUGUCAACGGUUGAUUGCAUAUGGAAAGAAGAUUUUUGGCUUUUUAAACGCCCCGGUAGUAAAGUUCAUUUACUACUUACUGGCAUUCCUCAUAUUUCUUGCCUCCUUUGGGUACGAUUUGAUAUUUGAUGUUUCUGAAUUGACAUGGAACGACGGCAUUGUUAUUGCUUUUGUCGUAUCAUUCACUACUGAAGAAAUCAGACAAAUGUAUAUAAAGAAAAAAAAAUACAUUAGAAAUGUCUGGGAUUGUGUUGACAUUUCAUCGCUGGCACUAUUUAUAUCGGGUCAAAGUUUGACAAAUACCACCUUUUAUUCAGAAGGCGGUCGUGUUUUACUUGCCAUUUCCUUUAUUGGGUUUUGUAUUCGACUUCUUCAAGUAUUCGCCAGCUUAUCACAGAUUGGACCAUUUUUGAUAAUGAUCGCAAGAAUGUUGGUUGAUACAGUUUACUUUUUAGGAGUGUUAAUAGUUGUGGUGAUAUCGUAUGCCGUUUCAUCACGUGCAGUUUUGUACCCAAACACGGCGUUCACGUGGCCAUCAUUGUAUACGACAUUUCGGAAACCAUACUGGCAUAUAUUUGGGGAACUUUUUCUGGAUGAAUUAGACGGCGAUGCCGAAUGUGAAGCUAUUGGAACAUUGUCAAACAGGACGGCAUUUUGUCCAUCCACCAUGGCGAGAUAUGUGAUUCCAGUGAUGUUGGGAGUGUACAUGAUAAUCGUUCAACUGUUACUCAUCAAUCUCCUUAUUGCAAAGUUUUCAAAUACAUUUGAUACAGUUCAUGAAAAUAUCGAAAAACAUUGGCGUUUACUGCACUCUGAGUUGAUCAAGGAAUAUUAUGAUCGGACAAUGAUUUUUCCACCAUUCACUUCUAUUUAUCACGUGUUCAUCGUUAUUCGUUUUGUGUAUGCAUAUUUAUGUGCGUCUUCAACAAAUAGCCAUAUGGAAAACAAAUCUUGGCACUAUGACUCAUAUUGCAUUACUUUACAACAACGAGAAAACAUUAAUCUUCAAACAAGCAUGCAAAUACUCAGAUACAUGGUUCGAAGUACCAUGAGGAAAAGCACGAAGCAGAGAACACUUUCUCCCACUUCAGAUAAGUAG